GAAUAGAAUCCAAGUCAAGUUCGUUAUCAUUAUUGACAUUAAACUACCUAUCCCGCGAGUUCUCACUAUUUCAUGUAUGUAUCAAGCUCAAACAAACAAUCCAUUUAUCAAACAUUCUGGUGUGUACAUUGUAGUUGCUCAUGUGGAAGUAUCCGGGUAUUGGGUAUAUGUCAUGGCCGUCCUGCGACUAUGCGUCUUGUGGUCGUUCAGUCGUAACAAAGAUCGGGGCGCCAAAGGAAAAUCAUAAAAAACCAGAGAUCUCGGGUAGGAUAGAAUACAAUGGCAGUAACAUGAUG